GACUUCUGGGUGCUCCUCCCAGCUGGUGCGCGUGCGUGAGAGCCCGUCGAAGGCGCCACUUGAGCCAGAGGGCUUGGUGAGACCCGCAACCAGCCGCGACGUUUGAGAGCCGGUUGUGACCAGGAAUUCUUAAUUUCGGUGUGAUUACCCCGUCUUCUCCCUUUACCUGCCCGACGGUGACUUCUGCGGCUCCUGUUGGAGCUGGCGCCUAGGUAUGACUGAGCUGAGCCCUGGAUGGGAGCUGUGCACGCAGUCUCUUAGGUUCCUGAAUAUUGACUUUGUGUCUGAAGCUCCUGGAACUUUUCUCCGUACUGAACUAUAACUUGGUGCAACUCACACUGUAUCUAGUACACAGAUGCUUAGCCAAAGCCUGAGAAUUCUUGGAAUCCUCUGGUAAGACAAAUUUGAAUUGCAGUAGGAGUUCUGUCCAGAAAGAUGCAGCUUCUGAACAAGUUGAUAACCUUCUCAAUGCCUCAAAACCUAGUCCUACAAAGUGAGAUCCUGAAAGAAGAGUCUUGGCAGCAGGAAAACAUCCUAGAAAUGGAGACAUGUGACUCUGAGGUCUCUCGUCAAAAGUUCAGACAGUUCCAGUAUUUAGCAGUGACUGGGCCUCAUGAAGCCCUGAGCCAACUCUGGGACCUCUGCCUUCAGUGGCUGAGACCAGAGAUUCAUACAAAGAAGCAGAUCCUAGAGGUGUUGGUACUGGAACAAUUCCUGACAAUCCUUCCUGAAGAGGUCAGGACUUGGGUGAAUUUACACCAUCCAAAGAACAUCAAAGAGGUGGUGACCCUCAUAGAGGAUGUGAUUGAAAUGUUUAAAGACAAAGAUCUAUCCUCUAAGAAUUCUGUCCUUCUGCAGAAGGGGAGCAUCAGGAAGGAGGAAAUGGAAGCUGACUCACUAACCAGCAAAUCCCAGGAACCAGUGAUAUUCAAAGAUGUGGUUGUGGAAUUCAGCAAGGAAGAGUGGGGCCAACUGGACCCUACUGUAAAGAACCUGUACAGGGAAGUGAUGCUGGAGAACUUAAGAAACCUGAAUUCAUUGCGGAAAGGAAAUCUACUUACCAAACCAAUCCAGGUCGCUGAGUUGGACAGUAAGAAAAAGACAUGGAUAAUGGAGGGAGAAAUCUCAAGAAAGACCAUUUUUGACACAGAGACUAUUUCAGAAAACCAAGAUUCAGUUCCAAAGCUGAGAAAAGAAUUAUCUCAUGGAGUCAUUAUAACGAGACUUACCAAACAUGGACUCUAUUCCUCAGAUGCCAGUGAAAGUAAUGAUUGGUUACAUAUGAACCAGGAAAGCUGGGACGUAUGUUUGCCACAAGAAGCUUUCACUCAUAAGGCAACCCACACUUAUGGGGGAGACUUUGAAUGUACUGAAUAUGAGAAGAGCUUUGAUAUUAAGUCACUUAACUCAAUUUGUGAUAUACAACAGGAGAUUCCUAUGAGAGAAGGAUUCCCAAAGUAUGAUAAAUCAAAAACUAACUUCAAAUUUGAUUUAUACGCUGUAGGUAAGCAACAUUCAGAACAUAAUGAAUGUGGGAAUGCCUUGAGCCAGAGUGCAGAUAUUAUUCAACACCAAAAAACUCAUGCCACAAUGAAUUCCUAUGAAUGUUAUCAAUGUGGGAAAGCCUUCAGCCGGAGUUCAUCUCUUAUUCGACAUCAGAUCAUUCACACAGGAGAGAAACCCUAUAAAUGCAGUGAAUGUGGAAAAUUUUUCAACCAACGUACAAACCUUACUAAGCACCAAAAAAUUCAUACUGAAGCAAAGGCCUGUGAAGGCAAUAAAUAUGGAAAAGCCGUUAGUAAUAGUGAAGACAAUAAUAAAAAUCCAAGAACUUAUUCUGGAGAUAAUCUCUAUGUAUGUGUUAACUGUGGAAAGUCCUUCACCCGGAACUCCUCCCUUAUUCGACAUCAACUGAUUCAUACAGGAGAGAAACCAUUCAAAUGUAAGGAAUGUGAAAAAACCUUCAACAGGCGUUCAAACCUUAUUAAACACCAGAAACUUCAUACUCAAGAGAAGUCCUGUAUAAGGAACAAAUUCAGGAUUAUUUUCAGUCAGGGUGCAGAACUCAUUCAACAUCCAUGAAUUCAUGCUGGAGGAAAUCCCAUGAAUGUAGUCAAUGUAAGAAGACUUUUGCCAGAGAUUAUUCUUUAGUUGAUAUGACAGAAUUAAUAAUGAAUAGAAAUCUGUUUCAGUGAGCCUUUCUAGGCUCCCAAAUUAAGCCACAAGGGUUUGGAGUUAUUAAAUCACCAUACAUAUAUUUGUGAUAUCCAUUUUUGUGAUAUCCAUUACAGUCUCCUUUCCCUAUUUGAUACAUGGAAUCUAUAUCAAAACUAUAUUAAUCUGAUCUCUUGAUGAUGUAGACAUUAGGUAAGAGCCAAGGAAUACUCUUAGAGUUGAUGUUUAAUAAAACUCAAACUUUCAGUCUUUAUAAGUAGGUCACAAGAAACCAGGAACUCAUGAGAAAAUAGGAGAACACUUGUAAAGACUGAAAUCUCUGAAUGGUAAAGAUCACAAUGACAGCCAGUUAUUGUAUCCCUGAUAAUAUUCUUGGCUGUUCUGGUGCAGGAAGAGAACCAUCAUUGGGAGAGAAUUAUCAGCUGCAAUGUGUUGUUAUGGAUGUGUUGGUUGUGUCUGCAUUUUUUUUUUUAAAGUACUCUUUUGGGAUUUAGGCUGGAGAGAUAUCCAUUGCCUUAGGUUCAUCAUUUAUCCCAGACAUUAUAAGAUCAAUAAAGUAUCCUAAUACUGUGUACAACAGAACUGCCUCUUCUGUAAGCUGCUCAGGAUCCCCAAGGGUUCUUGAACUGAGAAGCUUAUCUUAAUGUAUCCACAAAGAUUCAUAUUGGAGACAUUCCCAGUGAAUGAUGAAAGUCAUUCAUUGAGAAUGCCUUUCAGCCAGAGUUUGGUCUUCUGCUUUCAGUUAGAGUUCAUACCUUAUGCAAAAGCAGAAAUGGUAUACUGGAGUGAAAUCCUAUGAAUAGAUUGCUCUGUAUCAAAACAGUGAUUGCGGCAUGGUCAACUUCCCUGUGAAUGUGUUGCCCACCCAGUGUAAGAGAGCUGUCAUGAUCUCUUCAUGACUUCUCACCCUGUUGGUGAGCCCUGAAUAAAAGUUCAUGUAUCAGAAAUUGCCCGGUUUCUUCUUUGGCCUCUGGACUGGCAAAGCACUCAUGGUCUGUGACAACCAUGGACUUGAAUUAAUAGUACAAUUAUAAAAUUAUCCUUUCAUCAAUUGUAACAAUGUACCGCACUAAUGCAAGAUGUUUGUAUAGGAUGAC